UUAUAUUUAUUUAUAUUUAUAUGAAAAGAAAAGCAGAAAACAUUCUUAAUCAAAAAAAAAACAGAAAACAUUCAUUGGUUGGAAAUUGGAAUAUUAAAUUUAGUUGAAAAGGGCAUUUUCACCUAAUUAUUUUUUCCAUCCGAAAUUCCUCUCCGGAUUUAGUUUCCUUCACCUUCAACCUCUCUCUCUAGAUUUAUGCAUUUCCAGAAUCCCCUGCCUACAUUUUAGCUUAAUUUUCUCUGCCACUAUAUAAUUCUUGAAUUGCAAAGUAUAUCCUAUUUCUCGAGAAUCUAGAUCUAUUCCGUAAAGGUUGAUUAUUUGCUGAUACAGGCGAAUUUAGUAAGGAUUCUGGGUUUUUCGCAAUUCUAGUCAUUUGAAAACAAGUUUUGAGUUUCUGAGACGAAAAUAUCAAGCUUUUAGUCUAGAAAGUUGCGCGCUUUGUGUGCUUGAUUCUGGAUAGUCUGAGCUGAAUUGACUGAAAAAAAGAGAAAGACAACCGGUGGAAGAAGACUCACACAUGUCACAGGUUUCUAUAGAUACAGAAAUAGUUGAAACGGAGUCGUGUUCUGGAGGUUCGCACCUCUUUAGAAAUCUGAGAGGCGUAAGGUGGCGUAUAGAUUUGGGGAUUUUACCAUCUUAUCCUUUGGCCUCCGUCGACGAUCUCCGCCGGGUUACCGCCGAUUCUCGGAGAAGGUAUGCUGCGUUAAGGAGGCAACUUCUAGUUGAUCCACAUGUGCCGAGAGAUGGAGGCAGCAGCUCUCCUGAUCGUGUCAUGGACAAUCCACUAUCCCAAAACCCAGAUAGCAUGUGGGGUCGAUUCUUCAGAAAUGCUGAACUGGAGAGAAUGUUAGAUCAAGAUUUGACGCGCUUGUAUCCUGAAAGAGGCAGCUAUUUCCAGACAAGUGUAUGCCAAGGCAUUUUAAGACGGAUCUUACUGCUCUGGUGCCUUAGACACCCAGAAUAUGGCUACAGACAAGGCAUGCAUGAAAUUUUGGCUCCUCUGUUAUAUGUUCUUCAUGUUGACGUGGAACAUCUCUCAGAAGUGAAAAGAACCUAUGCUGACCACUUCGUUGAUAAAUUUGAUGGCUUCUCAUUUCAUGAAAAUGACUUGACAUACAAGUUUGACUUCAAGAAAUUCUCAGAGUCUGUAGGAGAUAAUUAUGGAUUUGACAACACUUCUGCAAAAGCUAGUAGUCUCAGUGAACUUGAUUCUGAGAUUCAAACCAUAGUUUUACUAAAUGAUGCCUAUGGAGCAGAAGGUGAACUUGGUAUUGUCUUGUCUGAAAAAUUCAUGGAACAUGAUGCCUAUUCCAUGUUUGAUUCUUUAAUGAGUGGAUCUGGUGGUGCCAUAGCAAUGGUCGAGUUCUUCUCUCCUCCAUCCGGGAAGCCACAUACUGGACCUCCUCCUGUAAUUGAAGCUUCUGCUGCCUUCUAUCACUUGCUUUACAAUGUUGAUUCAUCUCUUCACACUCACCUUGUAGAAUUAGGAGUUGAACCCCAAUAUUUUGCCCUUCGCUGGCUACGGGUAUUAUUUGGACGCGAAUUUUCUUUGGAAGAUCUUCUGGUAAUCUGGGAUGAAAUCUUUGUUCAUGAAAAUACGAGGUCGAGCACUGCUGUUGCUUGUGAUGCUGAAUCCAACUUCACACUUCUCGAGUCGCCUAGGGGUGCAUUCAUUUGCGCUUUUGCAGUCUCUAUGAUACUUAACUUGAGGUCUUCAUUGCUUGCCACUGAGAAUGCUACUAUCUGUCUUCAGAGAUUAUUGAACUUUCCCGAUGAUAUUAAACUUGCAAAGUUGCUGGCAAAGGCAAAAUCCUUGCAUGCUGUCGCCAGAGAUGCAAACAAGUUGACCCCUAUGCCAAUUCAAUCUGAGUCAUUUGACAUAAGAAAGUCAACGAUAACUAGGGGUCAUAGCCUUUCUAUGGAUUCUUCUUCUCCAAAAACUCCUCUAACUGUGGUACCUGACAGCUACUGGGAAGAGAAAUGGAGAGUUUUGCAUAAAGAAGAAGAAAAUAAGCAAAGUGCUGGGGGAGAACAAGUUCCAAAUCGCAGAAAAGGUUGGUCUGAAAGAGUAAGACUCCACUUGUCUAGGACUGAAUCUGAUCCUUCCUCGUCAAAGAAAAAUGAAAGAACCAAAAUUCCGAAGCCAUCUGUCAGGAGAAGUUUGUUGGAGGAUCUUGCACGACAGCUCGGAGCAGAUGAAGAUACUAAAGAGAAUACAGUGUCUGAUGCAGCUGUUGGCAUCGGGGAUUCAGCAGAAGUCAACAGAGAAGACGUAACUGAUAAAAACUAUGAGAGUUCAUCAAGUGCUGCUGGGAGUGAAGAAAAUUCUUCCAACUUCUCAGAUCCUUCUGGUCCUAUUCAUGGAAGUAGUGAUAAUGAGAACGAAUUAGAAAGAAGUAGUGUUGCGUCAAACUCAUCAAUGGAUGAAAAUGAUAAUCCUGAGUGCUCCCCUCUACCUGUCUCAAAUCAGCAAGAUGGCGCCUCAUCAAUGGAUGAAAAUGAUACUCAGAUGUGUGCGGAUAAUCCUGAAUGCUCCCCUGUAUCUGUCUCAAGCCACCAAGAAAGCGUCUCAUCAAAAUCAGCAGGAAAUGAUGACUCUGUAGGGAAAGUAGCUACGGGGAUAAAGGAGAUCAAACAUCUAUCUGGAAAGUUUCAAUGGUUAUGGAAGUUUGGAAGGAAUGCAAACGAGGGCACAUCUGCAAGAACUGUUCCUGAGGAUGCAAAAGCUUGCAACAAUGGAAGUGAUCAGAACAAUUUAGUUGGUAUUUCCACUGCUGAUGGGUGUAACCGCUUGUCUAGAACCAGCAAGGGGGAGACAGUGGACCAAAAUUUGAUGGUUAGCUGGAAGAAUCUUGGUCAAUCCAUGAUCGAAAACAUUCAGGUUCUGGAGUCUGUGUUCCAGCAGGAUCGCGGUCAAGCUGGAGGAUCCUCGGAAAACUUGAUGAAGAAUGGUCUUGUCGGGAAAGGACAAGUUACAGCCACAGCUGCGCUGAAAGAGCUUAGAAAGAUCAGCAAUCUUCUCUCUGAGAUGUGAUUUUGAUGUUAUUAUUAAUGUGUAUAGUCGGUUACUAUUCCUCUCUCGAGUAACAAUAAAUGGUCCUACGGCUUCUAUUGUAUCCCAUCAUUUUUUUGUAUGUAUAUGUAUAUAUAGACUUUGUCUAAAUAAAUGCAAGUGUAUUGAUAUCAA